UGCGUAAUUGAACGAAGCUUACAGAGCGAUCGAGGAAGAGAGGCAAGCGAGCAUGCCGAGGAAGGGGAUGAUGAGCCUCUUGCCUUCCUAUUCCUUCGGUCGACAUGGCCAUAGCCACCACCAUCGCGGUGGUCCGUCUCCGGUUGCGUCUCCUUGGUCUCUGCCGCUGGCUUCCUCGGACGCGUUGAUGGCGGAGUACAUGGCGGCGGAGGCUGUAGUGGCCAGGUGGCGCCCCGACGACAAGAUUGCUUCAUUGUUCGAUGGUGAUCGAGCGGAGGCGCGCGAGUUCCUCGCGGCCGUCCGCGUCGUCCACCGGACCAUGCUGCACUUUGCCUCCGUUGGGAGCUCGCCGGAGGUGAAGUCGGUGUUGGUGAGCGGACAAACUGUGCUGCAGUCCGCCAUGGGUCGCCUCGAGGAGGAGUUAUAUCGGAUCCUCGCCGCCAACCGCGACCUCCUAGAUCCCGAGUCCGUCUCUGCCCGCUCCUCCACCCAAUCCAUCGUCUCCGACGAGGCUGAGGAGGAGGAGGAGGAGGAGGAGGAGGAGGUCCGAGCCGCCGGAGAUUCCAUUCGAGAGGUCGAGCACGAGGCGGCCGAAGCCAUGGCGGACCUCCACGCCAUUGCCGAUACCAUGAUCUCCGUCGGGUACGGCAAGGAGUGCGUCCGGGUCUACAAGGAACUCCGGAAGUCCAUCGUCGACGAGGGCCUCUACCGCCUUGGGUUCGAGCCGCUCGCGCCUAAUUCUCACAUCCACAAACUCGAUUGGCCGCUGCUCGAGAUAAAAAUCCGAUCUUGGCUCGCCGCCUCGCACGUGGCCGUCACCACUCUGUUCGCCGGGGAGAGGAUACUCCUGGACCACGUUUUCUCCGGCUUCGAUACCAUAAGGGAAGCCGUGUUCGUAGACGUCGCCGGAGAGGCGGCCAGGGAGUUCCUCCGUUUUCCGGAUUUGGUCACGAAAUCCAAACGGUCGACGGAGAAGAUUUUCUUGAUCCUGGAGCUCUACGAAGCCGUCUCCAAGCUACUGCCCGAGAUCAACACGGUGUUCUCGUUCGUGUCCACGGCCGCCGUCCGGGACCAAGCACUAACCUCGCUCACCAAGCUCGCCGAGGUCGUCCGCGCCACGCUCGCCGAUUUCGAGGCGGCGGUCCAAAAAGAGCACUCCAAGGUGAUCACUCCCGGCGGAGGGAUUCCCCCGCUCACUCGUCGCGCGAUGAAUUACAUUGCCGAGCUCUCCGACCACGAUUUCACCCUCGCCGAGAUCUACGAAGAGUUGCCCUUUCAAACGCCUAGCCUCCACCCGGAUUUCUUUUUCGAUGCCUCGGACUCUUCGGCGGCAGUGGAGACAAGGACGUCGUCGUUCGGGUCCUCCUUCUCCUUCUCCUCCUCAUCGUCCGCCUCCUCCGACAGUAAUCGAUCCGGGAUCGCUGGACGGUUGGCGUGGCUGAUCCUGGUGCUCCUCUGCAAGCUCGAGGGCAAGGCCGCAGCGUACCGGGACGCCGGCCAAUCGUACCUCUUUUUGGCGAACAACCUCCAGUUCAUCGUGAACACCGUCCGCCACUGCCGGCUGAGGGGGCUAUUGGGCGAGGAGUGGCUGGCGCGGCACGCCGCGAAGGCGAGGCAGCACGCAGCGAGGUUCGAGAGGAUCGCGUGGGGGCAGGUGGCUGCGGAGGAACCAGCGGCGGAGGUCAGCGCCGAAGAGGCGCGGGAGCGGAUGCGGGCAUUCGUCGCAGCGGUGGAGGCUGCAUGCGCCGCGCAGGCUGGGUGGGUGGUGACGGACGCAGGGAUGAGAGAGGAGGUGAGGGAGGCAGUGCGCGUGAUGGUGCUUCCGGCGUAUCGGGGGUUCUACCAGCACUGGAGCGCGGCGCUAGAGGAGGGCGAGGCGGUGAGGUUCUCGCCGGAGGUCGUGCGGCAGCGGUUGGCUGAGCUCUUCUCUGGUUCGGACGAAACUGGUUCGGGGUCGAGUUAUCACCUCGGUUCGGAGUCCCGCUCAUCUCGGUCCAAACCAUCCGGCUGAGCAUCUGCUACUAAAUUCCUUUUAUCCCAUACUGUAAACCUGCCGGAAUAAUCCUAAAAUAAAUUAAGCCAUUAAAAUAUUUUUAAA